AACAAGCGGUACCAGUUUUGUAGCUAGUGGACGGUGGGUUGUGUAGUUACUUUCAUGUCUCUACCCCGCCCCCUCCUCUCUGCGUUAGCUGUCUGGAAGAAAGCGUUUUGAGAGAUCUGUGUUGAUUUUAAUGUAUUAUAAAAAUUAAAUUCCUUGACAGCAGCAGAAGCUGAUCCUGUUUCACCCAAACCUGGGCAUGCACUGUAGUAAACGCUGGGUGAAAAAAAAGUUGAGGAGGAUAGUGAAAAGGUAGACGGAAAGAAGUGCUUGCGGGCACGUCGGUAACCACCAUCGUUCAAGGAAUAACGUUAUUCCUUCACAUCGUACAGCUCUGAAGCCGAGGAGUAUGUAACAAGGUAAGGCACGCCUAACAAGUAGUCAGAAUGUCCCACAGCAAAAGAGGCGUUGCCCGUUGGGAGGUCAGUAAAGAGCGACCUGAUUACAGAGUGUGUUCGAAGCACAGACCCGAUUGGAAACGAGGGGGUCAUCGCUGCCAUAGGCGAGGAAGAAGUGAAUGUGCCAAAGCGGGAGUUGUCUUUGGCCGUGGCAGCCAACACCAGCCGACUGCGGCUUCGGGGGUGACAUUACGCCCAGCCAACAUCUAUGGUAAUCGGGCACCAGGCAUGAGAGCGCCCAGAAAUACCAAUCAGUUCCUGAUGCACGAAAAAUAUCAAUUAAUGCACAUGAGGUCAGACUCGACCGGGAGUGACAGUGGCUCAGAAAUAGAGUUGGAUAUUGACAUCGACUCGUAUUUGGGUGUGUUGGAGAACGCCCGUGGCGGUCUGGACUGCACCACGUCUCCCCCGUGUGACGAUAACCUGCUACAUUUCGAAUUCUUUGAGUCAGUAGAUCAAGAUCAGAGUAUACAGUACUUCCCUUCAGAAGACGACGUGGUGAAAAGCGAACGUUUUAUGCGACAGGACUUCGCAGCAUUCUGUAGUGCGUUUGAAGAUUGAUUAAACGUGUCACAAUCAAGUUACCUUGAGGCGAGCGGUUGUCGAAGGGGGCGGGAAGUUUUUUUUCCACCUACAGUAACGUCUGCGAACUAUUUUAACAAUGAGUAUUGUGUACUUUGCCAAUAAACUUAUUUUAUUUUAA